AUGAAAGUGAAGAAAAACAUACUAAUCGGUUGUACCGGUAGUGUGGCAACAAUCAAACUACCCCUGCUUGUGGAAAAAUUACAUCUGCUGUCCGAUUUUGAGCUGGUAGUACACGUAAUAGUAACCGAGCAUGCCCGGCAUUUCUUCUCCCCGGAGGAUCUUCCCGAUACCGUCACCCUACACACCGACGAAGAGGAAUGGACGAGCUGGCAGAAGCGAGGGGACCCGGUACUACACAUCGAGCUCGGUAAAUGGGCCGAUCUUCUCGUCAUUGCACCACUCGAUGCCAACAGCCUUGCGAAGAUGGCAACCGGAUUGUGUGACAAUCUAUUGCUCUGUACGACCCGUGCCUGGGAUCCGGCAAAACCAUUGCUCUUCUGUCCGGCUAUGAAUACGCGCAUGUGGGAACAUCCAAUUACCGAAGCUCAAAUAGCUACACUCAAAUCCUGGGGCCACCUAGAGAUUCCAUGUAUCGCGAAAACGCUCAUGUGUGGUGAUACGGGAUUGGGAGCGAUGGCAGAAAUAGACACGAUCGUUAGUACGAUCAGGGAUACGUUGCUGGAGCAAAGAUGA